AGGCUGCGAUUCCGUGUCUGCCGGGUGAAAGCCUCGUGGAUGCCACGGUGCGCUGUGACACCGCGACUGCAGACCGCUGUGAAGCUUUGGUGCUACACCGCUCCGGGCGGCGCUUGAGCUCCUGCCACCUUGGCAACGGCACAAAGAUGAGCCAUGCAGACGCCCAAGGCCGUGAGAUCUCCGAUGCCUGGUUGGAAGAGCUCCGUAGCCCAGCUGGCGCCAGCUCCAGGGCACCGCAUGCGCGGGUAGAGAAGGCUGUCACCCUCACUUCGCAAGCUCACUGCACAGGCGACAACUGCAUCUUACUGGGCACGAGCCGUGGUCGUUUGGUGCGUCUGGGAAUGAGCUCUUCGAGCAAAUUGACUCCGACGCAUGCGGUUCUAGAUCGCGACCCACACGAGUCAGAGUACUGGGAGCCAGGCUCCGUGCGUGCGGUGGGUGCUGACCAUGUAGCGGUCCUGGCGCAGAAUGGUACCAGGCUUCACAUCCACAGCAACGAUGGUCGACUAGCUGGCCACUUGGUUCUCUCCGAAGCUGCUCAGGGCUUUUGUGCCAGCGGACAACACCUCUACUUCUUGGACAUGGGGCCAAGCCCCAAGAUUUGGCGCCUUCGUAUGCCACAGAUGGACCUUUGAGGAAUGGAGCUUCUUAUGUAGAGAUGCUGAAGCACACGUGAUGCCAGUCCACAGCAGGGUCUCCUUGCUUUCAGUUGGGUUGCAGCCCUUGGAAGCUCGAAGUUGU